AAUCAAUGUAUGGGUUCUUGUCGUGCACUACAACGUUUUUCCCUCUGAUGUUUAAACCUGAGCUAAUUACCUUACCUCUGUCUUCAUGCGUAUGUAUAUACAAUCUCCAUAAAUUUCUAAUACGUAGAAUUCCGAAGAUAGCCAUUGAAUCUACUAUACAACACAAUGAGUUGUAUACAUCUUCUUCAGUUAAAUACGCCUCGCUAUUUCCUCUUGCUUCAUCGUUUUUUAUAAACACCGGCUUCACCAUGUUAUUAACAAUAGCUUCGCAUUCCUCAGGAACCGGAUUUAAGCGGCCCGCUAAGCCAUUGCUACUGUCCAUGUAGCUUUCACCUAAAACUGUGGCGUAAGCCUGGCCUUGCGAUAUCAUUUCGAAUCGGUUUCGCUUUCAGCAAUGAAAUAUAUUUAAUGUAUGUUUCCUGCCAAUGCAACCAUACAGUGAACUAAGCCUUUCGCAGUUGCAAGUGAACAAGAUUCGAUUUAAAAAACGACUUUAUAUCCAAAUUUUUGGGGAGCAAUUUUCAGUACGACCUUCGUAAAGGAUUGUUGAAGCGCCCUCCUCAGAAGAAAUUUGUAACGGGUAGACCUGAACCAGGGGAGAGAGGCCACUAAUAUGCCAACCGAUUAGAUCAUUAUUUAACACGUUGGAUAGGACUUGAAGACAUUGCCAACACAUUCGUAGCCUUAAAAGACUUAAUAUUACGAGUGCAAUAUAUCAGUGUGGCUGUCCAAAAGAGUUAGCCUUAUUCCUAAAGGAACGCAAUUUAACUACAUUAAAAGAAGCCACUGCUGUCACAGAACAAUAUUUAGAGGCACGCGGGGGCACUUGGGUUCAGAAAUUAUCCUACAAGACCACAACCCCUUAACCCUAGCCUACCCCAAAGGGAAGGGAUACCCGAUCGAAGUCAAAUAAACCAACAUGUCAGGGGGUGUUAUACUUGUAACCAAGUCGGCCAUGUAGCUAAGUACUGUCCCAAAAAUAGGAGGGUCAUGAGUCCUACAUGUUACCUUUGCCAUAAAAUCGGACACAUGGCAAAGAAUUGCAGGUCAGGUACACCUCGGGUAGCAGGCCUUGUAACACAACAUGAAGACCUGGAUUCGAAUGACAGCUGUCAGUGUGGACACACGAAUGUAAUGCUAGAAGCCUCAUGUAUGGUAGUUAAAGUGCCUUCUCAUGUUCCUAAUGUGUGCGAUAUUGACGAUUUUGGGGACCAUGUUACUCUUAAAUGUGGCCAUUCUUUGCCCAGAAUGAGUGCAGCCUGUAGUGAAAAUUGUGCAACCAAAAUGCCGGUUACUAGAGGUUUGGUUGGAACAACAGAAGUGUCCGUUCUCAGAGAUAGUGGUUGCAGUGGAGUUGUCAUUAGACGGGAUCUGAUUUCUGAGGAGCAAUUAACAGGUAAAGAAAGGUUCCACUUGCUAGGGUUUAUGUUAACACUCCAUAUUUCGAUGGGUUUGUCGAAGCAUUAUGUAUGCAGAGUCCAUUAUAUGAUUUAAUCCUAGGUAACAUUGAGGGAGUGAGACCAACAAAUGAUCCGGAUAGGUCAUGGCGUGUGCCCGUUGCCACAACUUGAGCGGUUCAGACGAGGGCACAGGUACAGGAAGAAGGUAAGCCUUUUAAGCCUUUGAAAUCUCCAAAAGUUCUAGAAAACAUUGUAAACGCUGAUGGGUUGAAGAAAGCUCAGCAGGAAGAUGAAACAUUAAAGCGGAUAAAAGAAUUAACUGAACUGAACACAGAAAAAGUAAGUCGAAAAGGUGGAAUAUCUACUUUUUUCUAUAAGGCCGGUAUACUUUAUCGAAAUUUUCAAUCUCCAAAUGUGGAAUGUGGGAAUGUUUUUAAGCAGGUCGUUCUACCACAGCCGUACCGUCGUCAGGUGAUGAGUGUUGCACACGAAACUUUGCUAGGCGGACACCAGGGAGCUAAUAAAACUUCUGAGAAAGUACUUACACAGUUCUUUUGGCCGGGUAUUAGGGUGGAUAUAACUCGUUACUGCAGAUCCUGUGAUGUAUGUCAAAGAACGAUCCAAAAAGGUAUCGAGGUCAAAAGGGUAGCCGAGGCCAAAACAAAUGUUAACCGAUCAAGGAACACAGAUCACCUCCGAAGUGAUGAAACAGAGACACCCCAAGAAAACUUAGGCGUUUCCCCUUUCGAAUUAUUGUAUGGUAGAAAGGUAAGGGGGCCGAUUGCAAUUCUAAGUGAGUUGAUGACGGGGGAAAAUGAAACUCCUGAAACUAAGACUACUUAUGAGUAUGUGCUUGACUUAAGGAACAGAUUGGAAGAGACGUGUGAAAGUGCACAUGCAGAAUUUACGAAGUCGUCAGCCCGGUAUAAGAAAUACUACGACAAGAAAGCGAGGAGCAGAGGUUUUGAGUUGGCGCAGCAGUCAUUGAGCCAGGAGAGGAGGAGUUUUCGAUACGUGUUCAAAGAUGUCAAACUCAUCCUUGUUGCAACCAUUUCCCCUAUGUGCAAAAGAGUCUGUAGCAGAUGUAUCCGUGAACGGUGAUCUAACAAGAGAGCAACAGACGCAGGUGCAAGAAAUAUUAAGUGGCGGAAGGGGCAAGAGCCUAUGGAAUCAGUGAGAAGAGAUAGGGCGUGUCAGACGUGCGAAUGGUACCCGGUCAAAACAGGACCAGGAAACGCAUAGAAGCCCGACCCCGGCAGGCUACAUAGAGUUUGAUAGGCUGUACCAACCCAGCCGUACAUGGCAGGGGAGUGAGAGCAACUAUUUGUACUGCAAUCACGUUCACAGACUGUCAGAGAUUUCCGAAUUCAAUUAUUGUUGAAAUGGCAUGAACGUUGUAUGCGACUCAUUGUUUAACUUGAUCCAUGACAUUUAAUUUAAUAUGUAUGUGUUUUUGUACAUGCCAAAUAUACCGUAUUUAAUUAAAUGCAAAGAAAUUAUAGUCCAAAUUACUGCUGCAAGGAAAAUGUCAUCACUUAUACUAAGCACCGUAAGAUUAUGAAUAUUCAUCGUUUCAAGUAUUCCGCUCCACUGUUGUAUUAUAGCAAUCAUACCGCCCCUUUCGACGUUUACAUCGAACUAUCUGGGGAUAUUCAUCCUAACCCUGGUCCCGGUCCCUCAACGAAUACGCAUUCAAACAACCGAAAUACAGCUUCCACAAUGUCCAAGCCUAGCAUGUUAUAUUUCAACGCACGUAGUCUUGCAAAUAAGUUUAGCGAACUUCAAGUAACAAUUUCUACAGAAGCUCCUAGUUUAGUCUUCAUAACUGAAACCUGGCUUGAUGCAUCUAUAUCAGACUCAAAACUGUUACCCAUGCAGCAGUAUGCUAUCUUCCAUAGAGACAGGAAUCGGCGUGGAGGAGGAGUUAUUAUUGUUGCCCACAAAGAUCUUCAUCCUGUUUCGGCCCAUCAGUAUGAUGUUGAUGGAAUUGAAUUAACAUGGUCAAUAAUUUAUACAAAAAAGGGCAAACUCUUAUUAACUGGUUGUUUAUAUAGUCCUCCUAACGGUAACAUUUCAUUUUUUGAUACAUGCAUUGAUUCCGUACUUGCUGAUGUUCACCUUUAUCAUAGCGUUAUUCUUGCUGGUGAUUUUAAUAUUGAUAAAUUUAGAUCAUGUAGCUUAUACAAUAAACUUGCUUCCAUUUUAGAUAUUUUAAAUUUUACCCAAAUUGUUCCUUUUAUAACUAGAAGGCAAAG